UUUAUUUUGAAGGCCAAGGCUGGAAUUUCAUUCCUAUCUACUUCGAUCACAGGAACUUUACAAUCACCGACUUAGACUCUGGAUAAACUUUUUGAGCCCUGCAAAACACUUUUCAUCGGUAAACAGCACGAUGGCAAAUGAAGCCAACCCAUGCCCCUGUGAUAUUGGCGAUCGGAUGGAAUAUGGAGGGCUCGGCCAGGAGGUUCAGAUAGAGCACAUAAAAGCUUAUGUAGUCAAGCCAUCCACUGCAUCUGACAAGGCCAUUAUUGUCAUACAAGACAUCUAUGGGUGGCAGCUUCCCAACACCAGAUACAUGGCUGACAUGCUGGCUGCCAAUGGAUACAUUGCUGUUUGUCCAGACUUCUAUGUUGGAAAGGAGCCGUGGAGUCCAUCACAUGACUGGUCCACAUUUCAGGAGUGGCUUGAGGACAAAAAGCCAACCAACAUAAACAAGGAGGUGGAUGCAGUGCUGAGGUUCCUGAAGGACCAGUGUGGGGCCAAACGCAUUGGAGCAGUGGGCUUCUGCUGGGGAGGGGUUGCCACACAUUACCUUGCUCUGCAGUAUCCAGAGGUCAAAGCUGGAGUGUCGGUUUAUGGGAUCAUCCGUGAAAGGGAGGACAGGUAUGAGCUGAAGAGUCCCACGCUGUUCAUCUUUGGGGAGAAAGAUGAGGUUAUCCCACUGGACCAGGUGAAUGCCCUUGAAGCAAAGCUGAAGGAGAAAUGCACAGUGGACUACAAAGUGAAGAUCUUCCCUGGUCAGACUCAUGGUUUUGUCCACCGCAAGAGAGAGGACAUCAACCCUGCAGACAAACCCAGUAUCCAAAUGGCCAGAACAGACAUGCUCAACUGGCUCAACAAGUACAUGUAAAAGAAAAGGUCAGACUCAGCACAGGAGUCAGUUACAUGUGGUAAUGGAGCAGAAAUUUGGUGCCUUUAAUCACAUUUCUAUACACAUGCUGAACCAACUUUUACAGCCGUGAUGAAAAUCUUACAAGGGCAAAUUUCAAGGUGCUAUUUAGAGUGACUGGUGAUUGUUUCCUAAAUGUUCUAUAUUUUGUUCGUCCAGGUGAUAUCUGCAUUUUCCAGAUAACUAAAAAACUGUGAUUUUUUUUAUCUUAACGAAAUAUGAAUUAAUAUUGUUGAGCCAAUUAUGUUAAGUGCUUUUGCUUUGUGGAACCUGUAUGGAUACUGUUGUGUUAAUGUCAGAUUUGCAAGCUUUCAAUAAUGUUUAAUAUGUAGUAAGAUUCCCCUUUAUGCAUUAUCUUGCCAAAUAUUUACUUUCAAUUUCUAUGAGAUGUGAUGUAAACCUAACAUGGAAUACAUA